CGGAGAACGGCAUUGCAGGUAAAUCGGGACGCGUUUGUCAACACCAUUUUUUUCCCCUUGCUUUCAUUAACAUGUGCGAGAAAUGAAGCGGACUCGAUAAGAAACGCUGGGUUUGAGUUUUUGGAGUAAGAAAAAAGAAAAACGCGGACGGCAAAAAAGAGAAAAAACCUCCCAGCUCGCCUUGGUUCAGAAGAAGCUCCCGUUGUGUCAGCGCUUUGUGGGAGCACGCUUUUCUUCUCCGAGGAACUUCGAAAGCUGUGGAUUUUUUUAAAAAUCCUGAAACCCUAUCUAACAAAGGAUGAAAUCUGUCAAAAGAGCGUUUGAAGAGGAGCACAGUGGAGAGACGGAGUUUUCUGCCAUGUCAGACAGUGAUCCCUGUGAGGACGAUGCUUACCCACUCAAUCUUUCCACCGGUGCCCGUGGAGCUUCUGCUAAGCGCCGCCGCCGGGGGAACCUGCCUAAAGAGUCUGUUCAGAUUCUGAGGAGCUGGCUUUAUGAGCACCGUUUUAAUGCCUAUCCUUCUGAGCAGGAGAAGCUUAGUCUGUCAGGACAGACCAAUCUCUCCAUCUCGCAGAUCUGUAACUGGUUUAUUAAUGCGCGGCGACGGCUUCUCCCCGACCUGCUGAGGAAGGAUGGAAAGGACCCGACUCAGUUCACAAUCUCUCGCCGCGCCAGCAAAUCCGACAGCCGGUCAGUUGGUUCCGCCUCCCCAGAACACUCCACCCCUCCGCUAGUCCCUGCAACUCGCCCCUCUGUCAUCCGCCCUGCCCCCACAUUGGACCUGAGCAUGCUGGGUAAUACAGCGACCGCCAUCUUGACCGGGGCUGGCUGCUUAGUGGGAUCGGGUCUAACAGGGCGAGACAGUGGAGUCCAGACACUCAUGCAGGUGGACACUCGUGGCCUGAUUAAGAAAGAAAGCGUGAAUGGACCUCCUAGUCUAACUACUAUUCCAGGCUCAUCUUCUAGCAGCCCAAGUCUGGGAACGAUGAGUCCUACUGUGGUGCUGUUCAACACACCACCCCCUACACCCCCAGAGCUCUGCCCACAUGACUUCAGCGACCUCAAGCUGCUCGUUGACGCAGCUCUACUGAGAGCAGCAGAGCAGGAAAACCAGAAACAGAAGGAGCAGCCUUCAGCUCGAGUGCCCUGUUCUGUUCCUGUAUCUGCUUCAGCAACAGAGGCUCCAAGUAGGAACACAGAGAAGGAAAAGAGCCGUGAAAGCCUAAGCUCCAGCAUAAAAUCUGACUCUGCUCCAAGCCUGCAGGAGAAGGCCAUUCUCCCAGUCUCUGUGCCGGUGUUAAAUGCUUCUGCUUCUGCUCUUCCUGCCAGCGAAGCAGGCAUUAGCCUGCCAGUGGUUCCACAAAGAGUUGCUGGAGCAGUGAAUUUUCAGCCAAAUGGUGUAUGGAGUGUGGUCAGACCAGCCAGCCCACCCCCAGCCAGCGUCACACACACCUGGAGCUCACAGCACACACUCCACGCUGUCAGAGAAGCAGUCAACUGAGAAAAUAUAAAUCAAGUGUAUGCAUUUAUGAAGGACAAAAAGCAACAUCUGAGAAAAGGACAUUCCACACAACCAAACCGUGAAUGCAACACCCCUCUGCUCUGGGUUCUUGUUUGGCUGAGGUUGUCCAUGACUCUUAUUUACGUGGGAGAAGACAGAUAGUCAUGUGGCUCCAAUGUCACCGUCGCCUUGACAAUCUCCAGUUGUCAUGGAUGUGAUCUGACGGUUGCCAGACAACCAGCUAGAAACGGAACAUUUCACCCGAUGGUUCAGAUAACUCGGUUUGUAGGUCAUACACUAAGUUUACUUUUUACUGACACAAAGGAUGUUUUUAAAGCAGCAAGCCUUUUAAAACUUUUAAAAGACUUUUCCAUUCUCUUCACUACAUGAAAGUUAUUUUGGGUCCUCUUUACCAUUUCAGCACAACACCAACUGAGAACAUAUGAUGAGGCUGGGCUUAAAAGGGAAGCAAAUCUUGUGGGUUUAAAAUCAUGAACAGCGCAUUUCCAGAUACGCCCCAACCAGUGAACUUUCCACACAAAUCCUGGCAGAGUCGUGAUGUUUCUCAGAGUUCGUAUCUAACUGAUAGGCGAGACAUUUCUGGUUUAUUUGCUUUUAGGACUGCCCUUAGAAGUUACACAAGUGGCCUUGCUCGGUUUUUGCCUUAGAUAUUGGUUAUUGUAGCAUUAGGCAAUAUUUCAAAGACAUCAUAUCACAAUACUUGAUGUUUACAUGAUACAUGGUUUGGUUAAGAGAAAGUUGAGUUUGAAACACAGUACACUAGUGAAACAGCACACCCAUAUUACCCUCAGAAGAGUGUAUUGUGAUAUGAUGUAACUUAAGACCUACCAGAUUUACUGUUUUUGCCUGUAUGCUCUAAUGUCCUGGCUUAGGGCUAGAUAAGUAGACUAUUAUGUAGCAUGGCUAACUAUUUUGUAUAUGACUCCUGAAUGCUCGUUGUGAACCAGCAUGCCACGCCGAAUGACUCGCUGGUGGGGUAGAUGUUAGUGUGCAGACAGGGCCUUGGACUUAAUCCUGCUGAGUCUAAGAGCUACACUUUAGUUCAAAAACCCCUGGCAUGCUGCAGCCUUGUUUGUUUGAUACCUCAUUCCAGUGGCCAGAAACCACUGCAAAUGGGACCACGACUUCCAAAUAUCAUCUUUCUUUUCUGUGUUUGUGUGGUCACUCAUACAUUCUGCACUUUAUUUCCAAGUCUGUAUGUUGCCAGUACUUCAAAUCCUUAACAGAAGCCUUUUUUUUUUUUUUUUUUUUUUGUUAUUGCUCAAACUUAUCUUUUGCCUCCUCAAGCAUUGUCUCAGUGUGGUCAGGUCUAAGGAUGAGAGAGAGGAGACAGACGGUUGGGGAAAUUGAUUGCACUGCAGAUAGCAUAGCUCAGCCGGAUCGUUCCUCUGCAGUGACAUGGCAUGAGACGGCAGCAGAGCCGCCAUUGAUUUCCUGAGAGACGCUCUCUCCCAUCCCAGACAAGCUUUAACUUCUUUUGCUGAAUGAAAUGUGGAGCUUUUACAGCGCUUUAGGGGCGCACAGUGUCAAGUAUUUCCAUAUGAGAUGUCAUGAACUCGUGUGUGUGUGUGUGUGUGUGUGUGUGUGUCUGAGACGGAGACUGGCAGAUUGUGUGAGAGAGAGCAGGAUUAAGGUAUAGGUUACAUGGAUCAAUGUGGUGAAGGUGGAGAGCAGACACUAUCAGUUUUAUUUUUCAGAUUCACCAGUAGUGUUUUCAUAUCCUUAUCAGCUCAUGCUGUUAGCUUCUUCUUAGGUUUAAAUGUUAUUUCAUGAGCUGAGGAAUACAUUUAUUCUGUAACGCACCUUUCACAAUGCUGGUUUAAAAAUGGUGCACAGCUGUGUUCACUAUAGUGAAGACAUUGAAUAUAAUAGCCUUGUUGACAUGAGAUCAGUUUCAGAGCAGGACUGUGUGCCUAUGAAUGUGAAAGAUCGCUGUAUUAUGGUGCUGGCAUUUUUUUAGUUUAACCUUUGGAGCAUUACGAUAGGGGUGUUUUUUUUGUUUUGUUUUUAAAUCGUGUUUUAGUUCCUCCUCAUGUUUCUUACUGAUUUUAUUGUAGUUGUUGUCACACAUUUUAUGUUAGUCCAUGUUUCUUUCCGUGCCCAAGUUCCAUGAAACUGUUAUGUUUUCUCUCUCUAUUUUAUUAUUUUUUUUAUUCUCGAUGUUUUUUUGUAGCUUCGUGGCUGAAUGAGUUGUAGUCACUGUAUUCAAUGCACACCAUCCUAGUUUACCUCCAGUGGUGCCAUUUGUCUUACUCCCCCAGUUGUUUUAUAUCCGCUAACUUAUGUAUUUGUGAAAACGCUGAAAUUUUUUGCGAACAUUUAGCGUAAUGAGCUAACCUGUUUCGUCUGCUUGUUUUAUGGUCACGGUUCUGUUCAAGUAAGGCGGCCUCUAAUCUGGGCUUCGUGUCCUGUUUUUGGAGGUCAACUCAUUUUCUAUAAUAUUGUAACAGUUACUAUAUUUUCUUAUUUUUUAAUUAUUAUUAUUAUUAUUAUUAUUAUUAUUAUUAUUAUUAUCUGAUUGCGUUCAGUCUCAGGUUAAGUCGGUUGUUCCUCUUUUAGCAUAGAUUUCAGCCCCUGGGGAGAAAUGCAAGAGUAUUAGGGAUCAGUAAUGUGCUUUAGACCAGUGUUCAAGAUGGAUGUUUGUAGCCCAGCAUAGGUUUACUGGACAGGAGAAAUUGGCAUAAUAAUAUGAAAACUCUGUUAAAACCGGUGUACCACUACAUGAAAAACCACUGUGAGCUUUCCGUUAGUUACUGGGUUCCUGGAACAACAUUUGGGUACUGGAUGUAUACGUAUAUUUUUCAGAGAUGCUCUAUUUUUUCACUUCUGUAGAAUGACUGAUGUUGAUAUUCUAGAUACCGUGUCUAUUUAGUUGAGAAGGGGUCUUGUAGAUAUAAAGCGCAUGUCUAUCGGGUCUUUUUUUUUUUUUUUUUUUUUUUUUUUUUUUUAAUGUAUAUUAAAUGUGUAGCGCUCUCUCUCUGUCCCUCUAUAUAUGACCAAAUACUUUUAAGAUGGAUAUGAAUAGUAUUUGUUUCUUACAUUUCCUAUCAGUGUAUCAAGUUAAAGAAAAAAAGAAAACAGUAUGGACGGUGAACUUGGCAUUUGUGCCUUACCUGAGAACAAGAGAAUCUUCCCAGCUUUUCUAGAAAUCUUUGGACUAGUCUGUGCAAUAUCUGCCUUAAACUUGUGAUGUGUCCUCCUCCUUUUUGUACAUUUCAGAGAAAUAAAGUACAAUUUUCAUAUAAGUUAAGUGUGUGUGUGUGUUCUAUGAAGCUUUGCUUAUCUCUGUGCCUGAGGGGAAUUAAUGGUGGUGUGUAUCACUGAUAGUUCCAUAAUAAACAAGAGUUGUGCCAAAUGUUGCAUAAUAAGGAAUCAGAUUUUAUUGAAUAAAAUAAGUAGCUGUCUCCCAUUAAAAGAAGUGAUCGAUGUAAUAUAUUUGUGAUGCAAGCGUUGCUCAUUGGUCCCAUGACAGUCUCUGUUAAUAAUAAUAAUAAUAAUAAUAAUAAUAA